UCACCGCGCUGGGCUCCGCGCGCAGCCGCUAACUGCCCGCUUUGCUCGGAGUCGACUUGGCAACUGCGCACGCGCGGGAGUUUCUGGCAGAAGGCAGACGAGCCCGGGCCGGCGCGGGGCCUUGUGGGAGGGCUUAAGGAAGUAAAAUGGCGGACCUGGCGAACGAAGAAAAGCCUGCCAUUGCUCCGCCCGUCUUUGUGUUUCAGAAGGAUAAAGGACAAAAGUCCUCUGCAGAGCAAAAAGACUUGUCGGAUUCGGGAGAGGAGCCUCGGGGGGAGGCUGAGGCCCCCCACCAUGGCACGGGUCACCCCGAGUCAGCUGGUGAGCAUGCCCUAGAGCUUCCUGCCCCCGCUAGCGCUUCAGCCAGCGCUCCUGAAGCCCAGCUUCCUCCUUUUCCACGAGAACUGGCAGGGAGGUCAGCCGGAGGCUCCAGCCCCGAAGGUGGAGAAGAUUCUGACCGAGAAGAUGGAAAUUACUGCCCUCCCGUCAAGCGAGAAAGAACAUCCUCUUUAACGCAAUUCCCGCCUUCACAGUCAGUAUCAAAAAACAAUGUUUUUAUGCCAUCCACCUUCUGCGAGCCAUCUGCAGGCAAUUCUGACUCAGAACCAGAGGAAAAGAGCAGUGGAUUCCGGUUGAAGCCGCCGACCCUGAUCCACGGCCAGGCACCCAGUGCAGGUCUGCCGAGCCAGAAGCCCAAGGAGCAGCAGCGGAGCGUGCUUCGCCCAGCAGUGCUACAAGCCCCGCAGCCAAAGGUGCUCUCACAGACCGUCCCGAGCAGCGGCACCAACGGGGUCAGUGUCCCGGCAGACUGCCCGGGGGCAGCGACAUCGGCUUCGCCUGACAACCCCGCCCGGAGGAGUCCCUCUGACGAGGCACCAGCACUUGAGGAGAAAGACUCGCAGAAAAAUGAGUCCAGCAGUGCUUCUGAGGAGAGCUGCGAGAAGAAGGAGCUUGCACAGCAGGCGUUUGUGUUCGGGCAGAACCUGAGGGACAGAGUUAAGUUAAUAAAUGAGAACGCUGAAGUAGUGGACAUGGAGAACGCCGGACACCCCAGUUCAGAAGCGCCAGCCGCCACCAACUACUUCCUUCAGUACAUCAGCUCCAGUUUAGAGAGCUCAGCCAACAGUGCCGACGCCGCCAGCAGCAAAUUCAUAUUUGGCCAGAACAUGAGUGAGCGCGUGUUGAGCCCGCCCAAGUUAAACGAGGUCAGCCCGGAUGCCAACAGAGAAAACACAGUGGCCGAGUCCGGGUCCGAGUCCUCGUCCCAGGAGGCCACCCCCGAGAAAGCUAAUAACAUUGCAGAGUCGCUGGCCGAGUCGGCGGCCGCCUACACCAAGGCGACAGCGCGGAAGUGCUUGCUGGAAAAGGUGGAGGUGAUCACCGGGGAGGAGGCCGAAAGCAACGUGCUGCAGAUCCAGUGUAAGCUGUUUGUCUUUGACAAGACCUCGCAGUCGUGGGUGGAGAGAGGCCGGGGGCUGCUCAGACUCAACGACAUGGCAUCGACUGACGAUGGGACGUUGCAGUCCCGACUAGAUUGUGUCUGUUCUCGUAGCGGCUUCGUCGAGGGGUGGGGGGCAGAGCUGAUGGCCUCGUUGGUUGCAGUGAUGCGGACCCAGGGCAGCCUGCGGCUGAUCCUCAACACCAAGCUGUGGGCCCAGAUGCAGAUGGACAAGGCCAGUGAGAAGAGCAUCCGCAUCACAGCCAUGGACACGGAGGACCAGGGCGUGAAGGUCUUCCUGAUCUCGGCCAGCUCCAAGGACACGGGCCAGCUGUAUGCGGCCCUGCACCACCGCAUCCUGGCCCUGCGCAGCCACGUGGAGCAGGAGCAGGAGGCCAGGACGCCGGCCCCCGAGCCUGGGGCGGCCCCGUCCAACGAGGACGACAGCGACGACGACGACGUCCUGGCCCCGUCGGGGGCCACCGGAGGCGGCGCUGGCGACGAAGGGGACGGGCAGACGGCCGGGAGCACAUAGCGCCGGGAGCCGGCUGCCCACGAGCCUGCUGCUUUGUCCGUCUGUCUGCCCGCCCGCCCGCCCCUCCCUCCGGCAGCGUCGAGGCGCGGGGCUCGGGAACCACACUCCCCGCUGGGUGGCCACAGUCUGGAUCCGCACGUCCCGUUCAGAAGCAGACUCGGGAACUGCCUGAAUGUGGUUUGGGACACGAACCUCAUCAUAUUGAUGAGCAAAACGAAAAAGAACAUUUCUUCCCUCCCCACCUUGAAUUGAAAUGGCACAUUAAGACUUGUCACGGCUUCUCACUGGGACUGGGACCCCUCGUUUCUUCACCCCACCCUCGUCGUGUCGCCGGCUCUCCCCGCCUCCACCUGCCCGGGCACCGGGUCUGUCCACACAGUGUCACGCUGGGCCUGCUGGACCUUCUGUUACUACUGUCUUUACCUCCCAGCUCCCACGUUCUGAUUUGGGGGGUUUAUUUUUAGACCUUUUCUUUCCCCCCCAAGGCUUUGUAUUUGGUUUCCUAGAUCGAGGCGCUUCUCUUCUGUGUGUUGAGCAGGCACAGCUCCGUCGUGGGCUGCGUCCUCGUUCCCCCUGUGGCCCCGGCCCCCAUGCUGGGGGUGCUCCCCACCUGGGAACCCCAGUCGUGGGGUGCGGAGGGGUUGGGCCCUGGGCCUGGAGAGCCUAUCUAGAAAAGGGUCACUGGGCAUGGGAGGGCGUGGGAGGGCUCCCCCCCAUCCUCCUGUCUGUCCCCAUAACAUGGGUCACCCGUCAUCAGGCACCCAGGUGCAAAACCUGCUUCCUGCUGUUGGCCGUUCCUUCCUUGCCCAGCCCUGGACAUCUCUGCCCCCAAGACCGUCGAGGGCUGGGGGCCUCUGUGAGAGGCAGAGGGGGACCCUGGCAGGGCCUUCAAGGAGGGGGCAGCGAGCGGACCGGUUCCAGACAACGGGCAGAACCCAUGCUCGCAGCACACACAGGAGUGGCGCCCUCUGCCCGCCCCACCCCAUAGCGUGGCCAAGAGCCAGCUGGGUGCCGCCCGCCUGGCGGGGCCCGCAGAGGAGGCCUCUGUGCACAGGGCCCUCACAGGGUGAGGGGGAGGCCCGUCUGAGCUGUGCCGCCCACACCUCAGGGUGGCCUGUGCAGCCCGCAUCCGCGUCCGCGCCUGAGCCACGGGACGACACCAAAGGCCCUCCCAGCAGAUCCGGUCACACUUCUCUGCUUUAAGCCUUAGCCAACUAGUGACAAGUAAAACCAGAUAACGCCCAUGUGUUUUGGAACAUUUAUGUAAGAUUGUCAUAUGAAAUGUAUUUGGGAACUACAUUAAAACUUUUAACUAAAACUCUGGCC